AUGAACGGUUCUGUGGUUGUCUUCGUGUUGCUAUUUCGGGCCUGUUUUUGUUUCUAUAUCCCUGGUUUAUCCCCUGUCGAGUAUAACAAGGGGGAUGCAAUAAGUGUUAAGGCUGUGAAAGUGGUGAGCUCUGCCACUCAAUUGCCUUUGGACUUUUACGAUUACUUUUCCUUCUGUGACGUCGAUGGGAAAAUCACUUAUGAUAAUCUAAAUAUAGGUGAACUCCUUCGCGGUGAUCGUGUCGUUGAAGCUCCUUUUAAGAUUUCAAUGCUUUCAAGCAGUAACUGUCUACUAGCAUGCAAUCCGAAAUCGCUAUCAUCUUCCCAAGUCAACAAUCUCAUACACUUGAUUAAAAACGAAUAUGUUGUCAACAUUGACGUUGACGAUCUCCCCGUAUCCGUUGAACGCCUUUCCGGCAAUCAAAACCUGUAUGAAAUCGGCUACCGUAUUGGAAGCACAAUGGGAAAUGAAAUAUUUGUUAAUAAUCACUUAAAAUUCGUUGUAAAGUACCAUGAAGUGAAGUAUUGGUCGUUAUCGCGUUGUCGGUGUGACGGUCGAACCAAUGAGGUAUGUUGUCUUAUCUGCCUUCACUCAGCAUAUGUCAGCAUUCGAAAUAAAGAUGUUGUUUCACAUUCCGAUGGGACUUGUGACAUAGCGAAAGGCAAAGUCUUGCCAAUGGUACUCAUAGAAGAUCAUUCUGCUGAGAUUAGUUUUUCGUACCAAGUGGAAUGGGUUAGCUCAGAAAUCGAAUGGGCAUCACGAUGGGACUUAUAUCUCAAUACUGGCGAUGGUCAAAUUCAUUGGUUCUCGAUCGUCAAUUCCAUUAUUAUCAUCAUCUUUCUUACCGCUGUGAUGGCUGUUAUCUUGUUGAAGACCCUACGUCGAGAUAUUGCUUCGUAUAAUCGGGAGGAAGACUCGGAGGAAAUAAUAGAAGAAUCUGGCUGGAAGUUGGUCCAUGGUGAUGUCUUCAGACCUCCACGUCGUAGUGCACUAUUGGCUGCCCUUGUCGGUUCGGGCGUUCAACUCUUGUGCAUGACUUUUAUUGUCUUGUUCUUCGCAAUGCUUGGUAUGUUGUCACCGGCCGCUCGAGGAGCCCUUCUAAGUGCCGUUGUCUUCACCUACGUUUUUAUGGGAGCUGUUGCCGGAUACCUUUCCGGUCGAAUUUAUAAGACGAUGCGUGGUUUCUACUGGAAAUCGACUGCUCUCUUGACUGGCUUAUUGUACCCGGGUAUGAUUCUCGCGGUUUGCCUCUUCAUUAACGUUUUCCUCUGGGCAAAAGGAUCCUCUGCAGCACUCCCCUUUUCUACGAUUCUGGGUAUCCUCUCUCUCUGGCUUCUCGUCUCUCUUCCUCUCGUUUUCAUUGGCUUCUUUUUUGGUGUACGCAAACGCCCCUACGAACAGCCCGUCCGUACCAAUCAGAUACCCCGCGCCAUACCCGAUCGCAAAAUGCACCAAAAUCUUUUCGUAACAACGUUACUGUGUGGUCUUCUCCCAUUUGGCAGCGUUUUCAUUGAGCUUUUCUUUAUUUUCAACGCUCUGUGGAAUCGUCAAAUCUACUACCUCUUUGGUUUCCUUUUCAUUGUCUUCGUCAUUUUGAUCAUCAGUUGUGUCCAAGUUGCGAUUGUGACGACAUACUUCCAGCUGUGUAGCGAGGACUACCACUGGUGGUGGAGGUCGUUCAUUACAUCCGGAGGAGCAGCCUUCUACCUGUUCCUUUAUUCAAUUUACUACUUCGUGACGCGGUUGGAGAUCACAGGUUUCGUCUCGACGCUACUAUACUUUGGCUACUGUUGCGUAAUUACGGCGACAUUCUGGAUUUUGACCGGCACGAUUGGCUUCUUUUCGGUGUUUGUCUUUUUGCGUAAGAUCUACGCUGCCAUCAAGAUCGACUAA